AUGGGUCGACGUUCUAUGCUCGACUCCAUUCUCAAUCGCCCCUCUCAAUCCUACACUGCACCCGAUCCAAACUUGACCUCGUCCUCUCGAAGCAGGACACCGCGAGGAUGGCAAGCUCCCAGCGACCUUCCAAAUGCGCCCAACGCGCCCUCGAGCAUUCUGUCCGGCUCCAUGUUCUCCAAGGGAACACUUGGUAGGACCAAAGGUGCUUCUGUAGGCGGAUCAGUGACUGGCGGCAGUUUGCGAUUCGGUCGCAAGAAGAAGAACAGCAUCAUUGAUGAUGGUGCGAGCAGCAUCGCGCCACCUAGCACGGUUGCAGACAGCGUCACAGGCGAGCGGCGCCGAAGUCGGUGGUGGGAGGGCUCACUUCGCGGGCUAGGCAAGUCUGGAGGAAGCAGAGCUCCAAGCAUUACGGGCGAAAGCAUCUUCUCAGAACCUGCCGAACCUUCUUCUGGACGUGCAGCAGGCUGGGCAGGCGUUGGUGCGGGAGCUACGGACUCUAGCAGAAGACGACAUGGCACUUUCAGCGAGUACGGGGAGCCCUCGGGCAGCAGAUCACGCAUGGCAUCACCUAGUCCAGUUCCUCCUCUACCACAGCACGACUUGAGUGCGCUGAGGGCUAUGAACGGGAAUACUGGCCCGGCACAAGCUGGUCGUCUCGCAACACAGGGCGUAGCUCCACUAGGCCAGCCAGAUCCGGCCCUCGCUCGCUCCAGAAGCCCACCGCCGCCGUCUCAAAGCGGCUCUGUGCGGUCAUCUUCGGCGAAACGUGAUGGCAAGCGUCUAUCGACCGCAUCGAGCCCGGAUCUGCAAGCUCAAGCAGCUAGACAGCGACAAAGUUCAAAGGGACAGGAUGCAUCGCAGGACUGGUCCGCUUUCAUCGCAAGCAUGAAUGGUCCCCAAAAUGUCAAUGGCCGAGUCCAAAGUUUCGCUGUGGCGGCAUCCGCUUCCUCAGCAAAAGAUGCCAAAGUGCAGAGGCGGAGAAGCGCAGCAGAGAGGGUACGCAGAGAGUUGGAGCAGGAUGCCUUGGCGGACCAAGCAAGUAGAGACCCUGGGGUGGUGCACCAAGAUCUGCUCGCAAGAGCUGCUGCGCAAGUCAUUGGCCAGAGCGCGCCGCUUGAGUCCGCGGCUGAGCUUGUCGAUCAGCAAGGGAUGCAAUCGUAUGCUGGUCUUCGUCCAGGCUCAGUCAUUGGCGAGGCCAGCGAAAGUCGAUCUGUGUCUAGUCUCGCCACUUCACAUCCUCCAGCGCGACCUGAGGCCGCGCACACACAGCCUCUAGACCAACGUGCUUGGGCCGUCCAACAGCAUGCAGCUGCCUUGAAUGCCGUUGCGCCUUCAAAUGGCUCGGUGCACACACUUGCUGUGCACCAGCACCUGCAAAGCCAUGCUCAGGCAGUGGCUCAGGCAGCGCCGGCCUCCAGCGAAGUCCCGCAAACGUCGGCCGCUGGCCAACCUCCGCGACCAGGUUCCUCUGCAUCUCUCCAUCGGGACUUGUCCCCAUCACCACCGCUCGCUCAAGGAAAAGAUGACGAAUCACAAUCUUCAGGCGAGGAAUCCCAAUCUGGAACGGAGUCGGAAGAAAGCGAUGAAACGGCGCCUCGUCAAGUCCCGAUGCUCGAUGCUUUGGUAGAAGAGGAUGAGGACAGCAGCAGCGCAGGUGGACAUGAAAUGCGGCCGCGCUCCCCGCCCGUUCCGCAAGCCCGACACUCUGCUUUCGCAGCUGCCCUGAAAAAGUCGAACGUUGCGGGCACGAAUGUGGCUGCGGAAGUCAAUCAGCAAGCCACUUCCGUAACUCCUGCCAUCAGUGUAGAGGACGUCCCGAAUCAAGCUCUGCUCAAGGGUCAUCGACCAAUUGCCGAAGUAACACGCGAAGAGACGGACAGCGAGAGUGAGGAAAGUCUCAGCGAAGAGGGGCCCAUCACACAAGGCGCAUUGGCCUCUACCGCAUCCGCGGAGAGCAUUGCGCCAUCAUUGCCACCCAAACCUUCGCAGGAACAGAGUGCUGAAGUGUUUCCCGCUGAGCAAAGGGAUAGCGAUCGCAAAGCAGAAUCUGACGCAGAGGAUUUGGAUACAACAGACUCGGAAGCGGCUUCACGGAAGAGCAGUGGGGCCAGCGGACCGGCGAGUCGCGCGUCGUCCAUCCGGCCUGGUACUCUACCUAGACGGCUCAGCGACCUCAGCCUCGGCGCUUCGUUUGCCAUCAGCAACAUGCUGCGAGGCAGUCGAGCGCCAUCGCAAGCUUCGUCCUCGCGUCGCAUGCGCAUGCGAGAUGGGGACUCUGACAGCGGUGGUGAGCGUUCGGAAGAUGACGCGGAACUGCGUGCCAAGGCGCAACUGGAGUCGGAAAGGCUUCGAUCCAUCAAGGUGGGGGAUGAUUUCUUUGGCGACAGUCUAGCAGGCAUGUUGGACACGUUCGAUCGCAGGAACUGGUCGGACACUACAAUCGAUCGAUUGGGGCUUGAUGCGAGCGCCAAACAGCAAGAGGCUGCCCGCACAGGCAACACAAACAGGGCUUCGAUCAUUCAGAACAGUGGCAAAGGCUCGAAUGCCGAGUCGUCUGUUCACGAGCGGCUGAUACAGAUUCGCCAGCAGCGCGCGGAGCUUAGUCAGAAUGCGGCCGGCAACGUUGCCGAGACGAAGAGCUUGGAGAGCGGCAUUGCGCCGAGCUUCGCUGCUGCGUGGCUUCUCAACCAGGCAGACGACAAGUCUGUGCGCAGCCGCGCCGACUUGCUCGCUUCGACCCACACUUCGAACAGCGCUUCGCACGCUCGCCAGGCCUCUGCAGCGAGCGCCGGCACGUUGGACUCGGUGGGUAGCCCUGCCGAGCAGUACAAAAGCUUGUUCGCUGGGAGCGCAUGGCAGAGCGAAGCAAGCUCUGCGGCUGCGAAGCCUCCAGUCAGUGUUCUUGACAGACCUCGGCCGCGUGGUGCCAAGCCGUUAGAUAUGGGUGGCGUAGAGAUUCGCCAGGGAAGGCUGGAAGCUGACUCGCCAGCCAAGGCUAGUCCUCCACCCGAGGACACGCGCAGCACUCUACCUGCAAGCUUGUCUGCCGCUCUUUUCAAGACGCCGCCAAGAGAGGGCUCUCUCGCUGGGUCUUCGUCUGCGGACGAUUCUGCUACGACCAUGACGCCCGCCGAUACAAAAAGCAAGGACAAACCUGCUCCUGCCAAGUCAGCUUUGAAACCGAAGCCCUCCAAGUCGCUUGCCGACACGCUCUUCAAUUUUGGCUCGCCUGGUAAGGACGAAAAGCGGGAGAAAAAAUCGAGGAGGGGAGGUGCUUCUAAGGCUACCUUCGCCAACGAUGACAAGGACGACUCCAAAAAUGACGAGGGGCAGGAGACGGCCAAAGCGCCACCUUCCGCAUGGGCAAAGAAAGAGCGCAAGAUUGCCAAAGCGGAGCGCUCAGCUGAGCGCAAAGCGCAGCUUGCUCAGGGAACGGGCAAUGUGCAGUCGAGCGAGCCGUUCAAGGGCGACUCGCUUGCGAAUCCAGCCCCCGACAAGGUACAAAGCUCGAAUCAACAGCCAGACCCACUUGAGCGAAGUACCGACCUGAACCUCUCGCUGCAGGGGCCUGAUGCCUUGUAUCGCGUGUCUAGCGGGCUGACUUCGCCUGGAGAUAGCAGCACGGACGGAUUCGAAUCGGCAAACGAGUUCGUCACUCCUGACGUCACCCCGAGGGAAGAUCCACUCAACAGGGCUGCGUUUUUGACCUUGCCUAAGCUUGCUGUAGCGACAUCAGCGGAUACGUUGCCGGCAUCGCAGGCUAGUCCGUCAUUGCCUUCUGCAACGUCGGCAUAUCUGGACGCACCAGAGUCGCCUCAGUCACCUCGUGCGCUGCCCAGCUUUGCCUCGACCCUGAAGUUCACCACUGCUCCUGACCUGUUUGCACUGAACGAUGAUCAGUCCUCCAAGCGUGAGUCAUGUAUGCGCAGAAGUCGCAGCGAUCGGUCGGAACUGAAGCCGUUACCUUUCUGGUUCUGCCACAGCGUCAGCCGGUGCUGCAUCGCUUUCGCCUUCUAAUGAAGACUCUGUGCAGUCCGCGGAUAUUCCUGCACCUGCAUCUGCCCCUCUUGCCACUCCGGCACUCCGUCGUGAGACAGUUGGCGACUCGCCGAUGGAAGACCUGUGGUCUGGCGAAAGCGCGUUGAGCACCAAUAUUUCUACACCAUCCGCCUCUGACGUUUUGGUCAGCCACGCACCCUUGUUCGACCAGCGUGCGCCAGCUGUGAACAAAGGCAAAGGCAAAGAGGUAGAACCAGCGCUAGAGUCGCAAACAGUGCCACCUUCACAGCCGGCCGCAGUGGUGGACGAAGACGGCACAUUGAACAAAAAGCUGCCAAUGCCUCCCGUUCCCUCCUUUGAGAAUGCAGUAGCUCCGGAAACCCUCCCUGAUGACACCACGCCCCUUGCUAUCAACCGGCCCGAGCCCACUUUCGGAUCACGCACCCCUCAAGCGCGCGAGCAAUCUGAGCCGCACUACGUGAACCUCAUUCCGCCGACUCCACCAGCACUAGAGUCUCGACCCUCGUUCGGUGCCUCGCGUCCUCCUGCAACAGAGUCACUCGCGGAGGACAAUGACACGGCUGCGGAAGUGGGCAGGCCUGGCGUGCUCCGUCGCUCCUCAUCGACCAAGUCUACAAGUCGCAAACGCAGCUCAAUUGCAGCCUCGGAGCCGGGUGAGGAAACUGCGGGUUCCUCAUUCACCAUUGCGCGCUCAGCUUCGACAUCGACGAAACAUCCUGUCAGCUACCAAGUGUACACCGGCAAAGGUCUGAGUCUGCCGCCAGGCCUAGUCGCCACGACGGUCGCCUCUUCGGCGCGUCGGACGAGCAGUGUUCCAGUCGCGUCGAGUGAUGUGCCCCAUGCCACGUCCGCGGAGGCUGCGCCUUUGAUGGAGCGAAAGAGGAGCUCGAAGAAAGCAGGCAAGGAGAAGAGUUCGCAUCGAAAGGCCAAGCCGGUGAGUGCUCGCCUCGGCGAUGCGUCAAGAUUGUACCCCUACGACUGACAGUCGCGCUUCGCAUCGUUCAUGCAGGCUGCACCGGACGCCCCUCCUGUCCCAAAGAUACCCACCCUACCCAGCGCGCCUGGCAGCGUGCGUGAUGAGGAUGUAUUGUCGUCCGUUGGAACCCGCACGGAGUCGAACGCAGGCUCGCAGCUCUCCGCGUCGCGGUCAGCCUCUCCAUCCGGCUCGCCCUCGCCUGCGCCCAGCAUCUCAGCUCCUGGAUCUGUUGUUUCUUCAGCGGCCGGAAGCGCGGUAUCGGACGGCUCUUACUCUCGUCUUUACGCACCUCACCCUCGAAAGAUACGAACGCUCUCCGCAGGUCCGAGUGGUCAGGCGAGGACCGCGGUCAUGUCCGCCAUCAACGAGUGGGAAAGCAGUCCAAUUAGCGAAUACGCGGCACCCAGCCCAGUGCAAAACGACGCAAGUCCAACAAGCCUCAACCCAGUGGGCUCGUAUGGUCGAGGACCAAGUCCUGUUCCGGUCAGUGGAGGACUUAGCUCGGGGCACGCAUCUGUGUACAACAGCGUGCCUGCCUCCAUGGCGUCGCGAAGCAACAGCAGCAUUGUUAUCGGAGCCACUCCUGCCCUUGUGCGGAGCGCCCCGAUUGGUGCCGCCACUGAUGCCUAUUUACCGGUCCCUCGGUCAAGGCUGAGCAUGGACGGUGCAAGCAGUCCCGUUCAUUUUGGCGACCGCCGGGGCUCGGCUUCACCUGCGACCCAAAGCGUUGACGGUCAUGGCCGCUACUAUCCAGAGUCGGCAGCAUCGAGAGAGAGCGGCUGGUCGGCUUCGCAGUCAGCUAUGAGCCUGCCAGCGGUGCCCACGGCCUCCUAUAGGCCCAAGGAUCCUGUUCGCUCACAAAACACCAUCGACGAUAGGCUUUACGCUCGCACGACUAUGAACACGGUAUCUGUGGCGAGCGGAGCGUUCAUGCAAGAGGCCAAGUCACAUAGCAAGAGGCGCUCGAUCGACGCGCCAGCGGGUCCUCUCGCCGGCUCUGGCGCAUCUCGUACUUCCUCUGAGGUGCCGGAGCAUCUACAGGAUGAGCUUGGACAAACGACAAUGGCGCUCAGCUCCCAUACUCCACCACCGCGCAAGCUCACUUCGACUCAAGUCCUGUGCCAAGUCAUCGCAGUAGCGAUCGAUGAGUUCGAUAGGACGGUGCUGCGUGAGAAAGUCAGAAGCGGAAGCGCUUACGGCUUCGUUCCAGGCCGGUCGUUUUCCGGUCGUGUCAUGGAGACAGGUUGGGAGGUCAAGAAAGUACGACGGGGAGAUGUCAUCUUCGGUUUGCAGACCGCGAAAAAGUCAGGUGCUCUUGCAGAGUUCAUGGUCAUCGAGCAGAACCUCAUCGCAAAAGCACCCGAAGAUUGCUUGACUACGGAACAGAUCGCCGCCUUGCCAGCGACAGGAGUCAUGUCUUAUCAGCUCAUGCAGAAUCACUGCUCCCAAGUGCCGCGCGGGGCGCGCAUUCUCAUCCUCAACGCCCACGACGGUAUCGGCCUUCUGACAAUGCAGGAGUGCGCCCCUCUUGGGCUCAUCGUCGUUGCGCAGUGCCCUGCUUCGGUAUCCGAUGGUGUCGCGGUAUGCGAAGCCAAUGGUGCACACGAAGUCGUCAUUGGGGAACCGCUUUGGGCAAUCAACUCCCUGCAUGAGUCCAGCUUUGACCUUGUCGUGGACACUGUGGGCGGACGGAGAAUCUAUGAUGCCGCUCGGCGCAUUCUUGCCAACGGCGGUCAAUUCACCACUUGCUUUGGGGACGAACACACUUCGGCAAACCCUAAUCUUCGUUCUCAUCUGCGAUCCCUACGACGCAGCUUUUUCAAAAAAGAUCGCAAAAACAUCGGGUACGAAUGGGUCGGUACGGAUCAAGGCGAGGACUGUCAAGAGGCUUUGGAAGCCGUGCGCGUGGCUGCUCAGCGUGGGGACGUCUGCCCUCGACUGAGAUCCAUCUUGCCAUUCGCCGACGCCCCUCGUGCGUUCGACCCAGUCAUUCGAGGCGUCGAAGAGGAGCCGGGUGCCGUCGUCGUUCGCGUUUCAUAA